AUGGACUCGCCAUCGCCAGAAGUUGAUGAGAUCAAUAUUAUCACCCUCAAUUGUUGGGGUCUCAAGUUUCUUUCUGAUUUGCGGAAUGAGCGUCUGACGGAGAUCGGGAAGGCCAUUGGGUCUGCGAGUCCUACCCCUCACAUAGUUGGUCUACAAGAGUGCUGGACACAACAAGACUACAAGAGUAUACGAAAUGAAACGAAGCAUAUUCUGCCUUAUGGGAAGUUUUAUCACAGCGGAAUAUUUGGUGGAGGAUUGGCAAUACUGUCCAAAUGGCCAAUAGAGGAGAGCUCGAUGUUCAGAUAUCCUCUAAAUGGAAGACCUACGGCAUUCUUUCGAGGCGACUGGUUUGUCGGAAAGGGUGUUGCUGGUGCGAGGAUAAGAUAUGGACAAGGCGCAAAAGAUAUUGUAGAAGUCUUUACAACACAUCUCCACGCGCCCUACGAAACGGAACCGCACGAUUCUUAUAUCUGCCAUAGGACAGCACAAGCAUGGGAAAUAGCAAAACUUAUGAGAGGUGCCGCAGAACGUGGACAUCUAGUUCUAGGCCUUGGUGACUUCAAUAUGGUACCGCUAUCCCUCGCCCAUCGACUGAUCAGUACACACUCGCCUGCUCGUGAUGUUUGGAUGGUUCUGCAUCCUGAUUGCUCCAUAGGUGCAGCAAUUGAUGAAGUCGAAAAAGCUCGACACCGUCCAAUACCAACUGCGGAGUUCAACCUACUUGAAAAUGGUGCUACGUGCGAUAGUGUAUUGAAUACAUGGCGGUGGAAUAAAGGCCAACAAAAACGCCUCGGACCAAACAGACCAGAGAUCGAGAUUCCCGGCGAUACACCUGAUCCUCGAGCUAAACGACUUGACUAUAUCUUCGCCAAUACAUGUUUUGAUGAAAGUAAUCCAUCAGCAGGAGGAUGGAUUGUAAAAAAUGCACGUGUUGGUAUGCUUCAACGACAUUCCAAGUAUCAAUGCUCAUUGAGCGAUCACUUCUCCGUCGAAGCAACAUUAUUACACACAAAAUAUGCUUCACCUGCCGAGCAAACCAUGAAAAAUAAAUCAGCUAUGUCUAAUGGAGUUUACCUACACACUGCCGCCUCAGAAGCUCAACUCACUAGUGCACAUAAUCAGUUAAAACCACCAUCUUCCCCGCCUCAUUUGCCAAUCUCAACGUACGAUGAGAUCAUUGCCAUGAUUCAUAAAUACCGUCUUCGAGAGCGUCGCCAACGGCGUCUUCGUCUAGGUCAUUUCGUCGCUUCUGUUUUCAUAAGCAUCGGCUGCUUUAUAGCCGUAUGGUGGAGUCCGCGCAAUUUCGUCGCGUUUUUACUCAUGUUGUUAUCAACCUUAGGUUUGGGGGCUGGUAUUAUCGAUGGAUUAAUUGGAGGUCUGUUUGUGGGAAGUGAGAUUAGAGCACUUAAGGAGUUUGAAUGGGAGAUUAGUAAUGCAAGGGCCGCUGCUAACGGAGAACCGCAUGUUUUGCAAGAGGAGGGUAUUCAGGAUUGGUAG